AUGAUUGACUAAAGUCAUGAUUCAGAAGCUAGUACAAAAACUAAUCCAGGUGCUAAUUAAUCUUUGGAUGAAUUAAAUACAGAAAAUCUUCAGCUAUUAGAUGUUAAUUACAAGGCACAUUCAAUUAAGAAUCUAAGUAGCUUUUAGAAUAAUGCUUUCCUUAAUACUUUUCCAUUGUCACCUCAAGUUCAGCCAAGAUUGCAGAAAGUAGAAAGUCUUAAGGUUGAAAUGCCAAAAAAUGGUAGAAGUAGGCAAGGUUCCUCAAAUACUAAGAGUCAGAGUUAGAACAAAUAUCAGAAUAUGUUAAGCAAAAAGCUUGAGUCCAUAAAAGAUGAUAAUGAGUACUUCCAUCCGACCAAUGGAAGUAGAACUCACAGUAUUCAAGAUGCUAGUAUGAUAAGUGAUGAUCAAAUCAUGUUUCAGCUGAGGAUAAUAUCUAUUAUAAAUGACAGAGAUUGGAGUGAGUUAUUCAAAAUGCUUGACUCUAAUAAACUUGAGAUAGAUAUUACUCAAAUCAGAGAUGAAUCAGGACUAAAUUUACUCUAAAUAGCUGCAAAGAAAAAUUCAGACAAAAUUUUGAUAAUGCUAGGCAAUUAUGUUCUCACCAAAUUGAAAGUUAAGCUAAGUGCAAUUGAAACUACCCCAAAUGAUUCACAAGUAAGUGACUUUGCAGAUCAAAGAAAAUAAAUAUUGAAAGAUUGGAUUAAUUAGAAAGGGAAUUAAACGGAGGGUUUCACUGCUCUACACUAUGCUUCUUUUUAUGGCAAUAUUAAGACUGUAAAAUAUCUGAUAAAUAAUGGUGCAGACUUUAAAACAGUAAAUCAUCAUAGAAUUAAUAUGCUCCAUGUUGCUGCUUAAGGAGAUAGUGCAGUGGUUUUGAAUUAUUUCAAAAACCUUGGUAUCGACAUCAACUAAGCUGAAAAGAAUGGCUCUACUCCACUACAUUGGGCAGCUUUCUCUGGUUCAGAUACCGCCUUGAAUUUUAUCUUGGCUUGGAAUCCAGAUAUUGAUGCGCAAGAUAUAUAGGGCUACACUCCAUUAUAAAUUGCUGUUAAAACAAGUGAGCAAUAUAACAGCACCAGAUAAGUUAAAAUGCUGCUAAUUAAAGGAGCUUCUAGAGAUAUCAAAAAAGAACCAUCUAGAUUCUAAGAGUUUAUUAUGAUAAAGAUACCACUUAAAAGGGUUACGAAAUCUCUAAGAGCUAUAAAAAUAUUCUUGGUUUUAAUGCUCACUGCUUUUGGCAUUUAGCAUUUUUUCAUCUUAAGUGCUUUGAGGAGUAAUUUGCUAACCUUGAUUACUGUGAUUAUAUUUGCUCUUGACCUGCUGUUUUUCUUUACUUCUUGGAUCAAAGACCCAGGAUACUCUAAAAAACAUAUUAAUAUAGAGAAUUAAAGAAGUAUCCAGGAUUUCUAAGAUUUAUUAGAAAGAUUUGAACCAGGAUCUCUGUGUCCCUAAUGUGAAAUUGUGAGAGGACCAAGAAGUAGACAUUGUAACAUCUGUGAAAGAUGCGUAGAAAAAUUUGAUCAUCAUUGCCCUUGGAUUGAUAAUUGUGUUGGGAUCGCAAAUCAUAGAGUUUUUUAUUUGCAUGUAUUACUCUUGACACUCUUUGCUUUCUACAGCUUCUUUAUAUCAAUUCUAGGUAUAAAAUUUGAAUUUUAAAUUACUAUUAGGUAUAAUGAAGUUUGCAGGAUAUAAAUUAGAAUUUAUACCAAGAGAGGUUGA